UUGAUUGAUUGACAGAUGUUUCUGUGUUCUUUCAGAGGGGACCCCAACAGGAGCGACAUCUGGGGCAACACGCCGCUGCACCACGCCGCCACCAACGGUCACAUGCACAUCCUCAGCUUCCUGGUCAACUUCGGCGCCAACCUCUUCUCCCAGGACAACGACUUCCACACAGCUAUGGACGUGGCAGCGUCGGGCGACCGCAUGGACUGCGUGCGAUUCCUGGACAGUGCCGCAUCACAGCAGACCAUCCAGAAUGCCAAGAAAGUGGCCAGGCUGAAGAAGGAGGCCACCAAAGAGGCUGAAACGCGRGUGAAGCUGUGUGAGAGGGUMAAAAAAAGGCACAAGAGCAAGAUGGAUAAGAUGUACCAAGGGUCAGUGUCAGAGGCCAGCACGGCAUCUCCRUCGUUYUCCAAGAUGGGCACCAUCAACAGUGUGAACGAGCAGUUCUCCAAGCUGAUCGCCUCCGAUACCUCAGGCUCGCUUACGGCCCGGUCGAAGGGGACCCUCCAGAGGAUAUUCGGGAAAAAGGAUAAAGGAAUAACGGAGAAGGUGGGAAGAGACGGGAACGUCAUCUUCGUCAAGCAGGAGAACGGCACCCUCUCUGGGAAGCCUGAGUUCAUGGGCGUUUUCUCCGAGCAGGACGAGAUCGAUGAGGAAGAGGACGGAGGGAUGAGAAGAUUCACGGAUGAUGAGGUUAAUGACGAUGACGAAGAAGAAGAUGGCCCAGGAGCCAAGGAGUCCAUCUUCAAACGGCCCGGCCUGGGGAACAUGGUCUUCAGGAAGAACUUCUCCAUGGAGAUGGGGAUAGAGCCCGACGACUUCCCCAGUGGGAACAAUGAAAACCUGGGCUUCCUCAUCCGCAGAGAGGGGUUCGACACAGAAGGGGAGGACACAGGSUUUGUUGAGGACGAGGAGGACGGCGACCUGCCCUGGAACCAGGAGGAGAUUGGCCUGGAUGACGACCAGGAUGAGGAGACCUCCCCGCUGGAUGCCUUCCUCUCAUCCAUCUCCCUGCCAGACUUCUCCCCAGCCUUCACCCGCGAACAGCUGGACCUGGAGGCGCUGAUGCUCUGUUCCGACGACGACCUCAAGGGCAUCCGCAUCCAACUGGGGCCCCGUAAGAAGAUCCUGGAAGCUGCCCAUAUAUACCACUCCAGUGACUCAUGGUUACAUCAGAGAUAG